AUGCUGGCCGAUUGCUUCCUUGAGGUCGACAAUGGUGUUCACACCGAACCCCAUUGCUCGAUAAUCGAAAUCAAGCAGAACCCCAAGGAGUUGGGGAUGAUCGACGCCAAGUGCCCGGUCAAGCGAGCGGCGGAGUGUGAGGAAGUCGGAGAUGCCGUUGCCUACCUGCUGAGUUCGUCGGCCAGCUACAUCACGAGAACUAGUCUGCUUGUCGAUGCUGGUAUCACCAGACUAUCCCAUGGGUACAGAACUAAUAGACCGGACUCGGUACCCUACAUCUCCUCUGUGGUUUGCCGCAUAGUAGACCAUUGGAUAAGAUUCUAA